AUGCCCGCCCGCUUCACGCGCGAGAACGAGGUUGUCUACUGCGGCGACACACGCUACCCCGGUCCGGCUUACUACCCCGCCCCGCCCGAGAUCACGGGCACGCCAUCGCAGGCCGAGCUCGAUGCGCACCCGAGGUUGUUCACGUGGGGCGAGCUGAAGGAAAUCAUCCCAGACACCUCGACCCUCGGCCGCCUCUCGCGCAACAAGGAGCUGCAGGCGCGGUACGAGUCCUGGAUGCGGGGCCAGAAGGAGCGCUGGGGCGGCACAGAGAAGUACCUGAUGCACGCGCGUCUCCCGUGGGCGGACGAGUUCAAGGCUGCGUCGGCCUCCGAGGCCGGUGGUGAUGACAAGGCAACUCCCUCCGCCUCUGGCCUGAUCACGCCAGCAAGCGAACCGACCUAUGACCAGCACACGGCCCUGUCACACCCCGAAAUCGACCUGACGCCAUCGACGAAUCCAGACUCGAAGCCGCAGCCAAGUUCGAAACCGAAACCGUCCCGUCUCUCGCUCGGUCGCUCUGGAGCGGCAGUGGCGGCGCAGCACGCGCUCAGUCCCAAGCACGCGCGCUUCCCCAGCGGCUCCGGCGGCACGCCGGGAUACUCCCACCAGGCCACGGCGAGCGAGACGGCCACGCCUGGCUCUGGUGCGAGCACGCCGAGUUCGGUAGCGUACGUCCCAAUCGACGAGGCGCUGGAACGCGUCUCGCGCCGCCUGAGGCGGAAGGCGGGCUCGAAGGCGGGGUCGGUGCGCUCAUAUGCGUCCGACGACGAGUCGGCGCGCACCUCGCCAAUGCACUCGACGCGGGUAUCUGCCGAACUCACGCGGCCGAGCGUCUCGCCUCCCCGUCAAGCGGGUCAUUCUCCCGAACGCACCGACGGGGCUGACGGUGUCGAUGGAGUGAGGGAGGAGGACGCUGGCCCCGACGGCAACUACGGCCUGAAGGACGACGAGCUCGAACACGACGUGUACCUGACCUACGACCCCCGCCGCGGCCUCGACCACAGCAAGUACGCAGUCCUGCCAAACGACUGGCCGUACUGCGUGCCCUAUGGCGUGCGCCACUUCUGUGUCUGGUCGCGUGUACCCAUCGCCCACCCCGAGCUGGUGGGGUAUGACCGUGCAGCCUGGCAGCAUAUCGAGACAGAGGGGUUGGCGGGGUUCACGGGCGUGAUCCCCAGUUUCACGGACCGGAGCGAUGGCGCCCCUCCGGGGACACCGACGAAUGACGGCCCCGGACGGUCGGGGCCGGCCGACCCGCACAGCGAGGGGGGAUGGUACGCCGUCGACCUCGCUUACGGGGGACGGGAAAUGAAGCGCUGGGCAGGCGUGCAGUUCGAAACCCCCGGAGGGCAGAAGGUCGGCGAGAUGGUCAGAGGACUGUGGGACGAGCGGGGGUGGGAGACGAUCUGGUUCGUGAACCCUGCGCGGCUGCAGAGUGUGCCGGGGCUGGCGCACUUCCACGUCUUUGCACGCAGGAAGACGCCGGAGGAGAUCGAGGUCAGCGAGCGCGUGUUCGCUGGUCCCGGGGAGAUUACGCGGGACAUGGUCAACCUCACUGUGGAUGGGCAGGAUGUGAAUGGUGACGAGAAGGCCGAGAACAGGCGCAUGAGGAGCUUUGCCGAGCCGGCACCCUCGCCCGCGCUCGACGACACCGAGGCCGCCAAGCCGCUGACUGUGACUGCUUAG